AUGGCCGCGUACAAACUGGUCCUGAUCCGACACGGAGAGAGCUGCUGGAAUCAGGAAAACCGCUUCUGCGGAUGGUUCGACGCAGAUCUGAGUGAGACGGGUGAAAAAGAGGCCAGGAGAGGAGGUCAGGCUCUAAAAGAUGCUGGCUAUGAGUUUGACAUUUGCUACACCUCGGUCUUGAAGAGAGCCGUUCGCACUCUGUGGCUGGUCCUUGAUGGCAUUGACCAGAUGUGGCUACCUGUUCACCGGACCUGGCGUCUCAAUGAGCGUCAUUAUGGCGGUCUAACUGGGCUGAACAAGGCUGAGACAGCAGCAAAACACGGAGAGGCCCAGGUUAAGAUCUGGAGACGCUCUUUUGACAUUCCCCCUCCGCCCAUGGAUGAAACGCAUGACCAUUACCAGAACAUCAGCAAGGAUCGCCGGUAUGCUGACCUGACUGAAGAUCAGCUUCCAACAUGUGAAAGUCUAAAAGACACCAUUGCCCGAGCGCUGCCCUUUUGGAACGAAGAGAUUGUACCGCAAAUUAAAGAAGGGAAAAGAGUGCUAAUCGCAGCCCAUGGCAAUAGUCUUCGAGGUAUCGUCAAACAUCUUGAAGACAUGUCAGAGGAAGCCAUCAUGGAGUUGAAUCUGCCGACUGGUAUUCCCAUUGUGUAUGAGCUCGAUAAAAACCUGAAGCCUUUGGGACCCAUGCAGUUUCUGGGAGAUAAGGAGACAGUUAAGAAGGCUAUGGAGGCUGUGGCUGCUCAGGGAAAAGCAAAGAAAUAG